AUGGCCAUCACCCCGUCCCACCCCGACAGCCCAGAGGAGGUCAUCGCCCCUUUCGACCUCGCCAGCGUGCCCGAGGAGGCCGCCGACGCCAUCCCAGAAGCUGAGCACCUCCCGCCUGCUGAGCGCAACCCUGCUGUUGCCGCCGACAUCCUUGCCUUGCCCCGUGUCGUGCUAGGAUGUGCGACGUUUGGGUAUGGUGUGUAUGCGGAUGAGGCAUUGGUGAAGAGUACUAUGCCUCUGCGCGUCGUACGCGCUGCGCUGCGUGCUGGCGUCAAUGCGUUUGAUACUGCGCCCCACUACCACCCCUCGGAAGUCAUCCUGGGUGAGGCUCUCUACGCUCUCCGCGACGAGUUCCCCCGUGAGAGCUACAGCAUCAUCACCAAGACGGCCAAGUUUGGACCACAGGUCUCCAACCACCACUACGACCCCGAGGUGGUUCGCAAGAGCGUUGAGAGGAGCCUGAAGCGUUUCAAGACGGACUAUCUUGACGUUGUUUACCUCCACGAUGUCGAGUUCGUCGUCUCCAAGCCGUUCCCGUCUCCAGCUGGAGCCCACCUUGAUGCUCUCGGGCCCAAGGCCGCCGAGUGGGGUCUCGAACCGCCGUACGUCUCGCACGGCAAGGGCGAUGACUCGAUCCUCGCAUGUCUCGCUGUCCUGCGCGAGUACCAGUCCCGCGGCGUCAUCAAGCGCGUGGGCAUUGCGGGUUUCCCUCUCCCCGUCCUCCUUCGCCUCUCGCUCCUUGAGCUGGCCGCAACGGGCAAGCCGAUCGACGUUGUCCAGAGCUACUCGCACCAGACCGUCCUGUGCAGCACCCUCGGCGACGGCUUCCUCCGCGCACUCACCGAGGACGCCAAGGUGCCCCAAGUGAUGAACGCUGCCCCACUCUCGAUGGGUAUCCUUACCGCCGGCGGUGGUCCGUCCUGGCACCCGGCCAAGAAGGUCUCCGCUCUGUACGAGGCCAUUCGCGAGGCUGUCGUCCUCGCAAAGGAGAAGGGAUCGACCAUCGAAGCUGUCGCCUGCGGGUUUGGAUACAAGGACCUGCGCCAGGACAACGGGGCCCCUGUCCCCGUCGUGGUCGGCUGUACCAACCUGGAUCAACUGCACCAGACUCUCCAGACGUAUGCCGAGGUCAAUGGCCACGGUGCCCUUCAGCCAGAGCGCAUCGAGGCCGAAAAGGCCGUACUGGAGCUGUUCAAGGAGCGCGGCGUGCACAAUGUUAGCUGGCAGAGCCCUGCUCCCGACUCGCUCGGAUAG